AUGAAACAACAGAUGGGGAACCUGACGGACGCUAGAAGUCUGACAGGAAGAGCAUCCAGGCAACAUGUAGAAAAAGUAAAAAAGGUGCGAUUUUCUGACAAGUUCGCUGGUGUUGUAUGUGUAGUUGUUGUUUUUGUUCGCAUGACUCUUGUGUACCACUUGCUUUGCGUGGGCAACGGAAGCAGAAGGCACGGACUGAUGAUGCGAGUUCUUCUUUGUCUCCUGUCGGUGUCUGGAACAGUGAAUGCAACGGCGGAUCCAUCCACUCACUUUUCAGUAGCCGCGGCUGUUGUCUCUGCCACGCCUGCGGCUGUUGCUAUUGCACAGCCUGACUUUGCUUUGCGGGAUGGUGAGGCUUCGUUGUUGUGCGGCAGGGCAAAAGUGGGCAAGACUCCGCCAGAAGCACUUGGAACCUCAGGUCGUCAUAUUUACGAAUAUCAGAGACGUGUAUGCAUCUCCAUGUUUAUAUCUCGCGUUGUCGCCUUCUGUACACGGCCGUGGAGAAUGAAGUUGUUGUUGUUUUCUUUUUUUGCAGCACUUGGGAUUCCGUUCGCUCCUACUUUCUGUUGGUUGGUGCCAUUUUCCGGAGAGCGUCUUGCCCCGUCCGUGAAAUUAAGCGUUUCUGCUUCUGUGUGCGGUCUCACAGUGCUUGAGUCGUCUUGGAAGGUGAGAAUAAUGACUGCAGUGGUUACGAAGACACUGAUGUGUUGUACUGUGGAUGCGUGA